AUGGUCUAUAACAAGAAACGAGUCAUAUUUGUCGCCCUUAUCUUCGCUUCAGCUUGGGCAUGGAUGGCGUCUCUCUACUUCACUAUCACUUUCCAUAAUCAGAAACGCCCGUCAAAGCUACAAAAUGCGCCUACCUGGGCAAAUACUACCCCUAUAGUCAUUAUGGCCCCAGUAAAAAAUCAAACAGAAAUCAACGACACAGACGACUCAGAUAUAGACGAAACUCUCCAUCAACUGAUUAAUUUUAAAGACUUGGGAAGGAAUAAGAGAGCAGUAUUGCUAUUGAUCAUCGUUUCCACUGCACCAGCAAGAUUUAAAAGAAGACAGUUAAUAAGAAAAACCUGGUGGAAACAUUGUUCUGGCAAUCAGGCUCAGGUAGGCAGGCAAGAUAAGUUCCUUAUCGCCUGUUAUCUCACGAUUUCACGAAUACUUUACUUUCAGUUAUUCAUAGCGAAAUUUUCUACCGACGACGACGACUACAACAAGCAAAAAUCAACAGGUUUAAAUAAGUUAGCAAAACAACAACUUUGCACGUACAUCACACCUUGUUUUUGUACUUUCUUUAUUGUCGUUCAACAACCUCGACGUGAAAAACCUAAUUUGACGUUUUACACCGAGGACGUGAACAAAAGACACCGAUUCUGAACUUGCAUACAGUCCUUUUGGAAUAAACCUUCAGAAAAAUUCGCCAAAAUUUGACAAUUAAACGAGGUCCAAUAGUAGUCAACAGCAAUUAUGUUGAAAACAGCUCGAAUUCUAGUAAAGUGACGUUUUCGUUCCUUCACUCUUGUAAAUACUAAAAGCUCCUCAAUCCUCAAUGGAAGGUGUCUAAGUUUAAAUAGAGAGAAUUUAAAGUAUUCGUUAAUCUGCUUUUCCAGAAAACGUCUAGUUUCAUCAUUUCAUCAUAUUCGUUUCCUGUUUUUAUCUCACCAAUGUAUGGAAUAUUUGUGAAAAUCUUCAAGGUGAAUCGGUAUAUUUCAUAGAGCUAGCUAAGAGCUACACAACGAGCAAGAGUACUAUUGACCAACAAGUGAACUUACACGGCAGGGGUAGCUGUAGUGUCAACUAUUACUAGUAAUACUCUAGAGAACUGUUUCUUUCACAUUUCGUGUUAUUCUCGUGUAUAUCUACGCGUAAUUACUGAAAAGACAAAGAGUCAAGUUCCCCGGCCUGGGACCUCUGUUGGGCAAACAAAACACAAAAGCUAAGUUGUCGUUUACAUUAAAGAUCGAAGUUUCAGUAGGUUUACCUAAUUUUACUUUGCGUUAUUUUCCUCACUUAUAUGUGUUGUCCGUGACUGUGCCCACAUGGUAGGUGGCUCCUCCUAAAAUGUUCUGUAAUUGGUAUAGGAUUUAAUGGAGCCGAAACCAAUUGUGGAAUUGCACGCAUUUUAGGCAUCCUACUGAUGAACAGUUGCGACACGCAGAUAUAUAUUUUUUAGCAACUAAGAUAAUUUGCAGUCUGUCUACUUUGAAUAUGAUAGAACUAUUCAUUAUCUCAUCUGAAUAUUUGAUUUCGGGGCCAUAAAGUUACUGGGACUUUCGAGAAACGGGCGCAAGCAGCCUAGUCCCUAGGCGUUCUAGGUUCGGUCAAUCCUGGACUCUGCCGUGUGCUAUGACGUCACCGAGAGAGACUUGCUCGCUCUUUCCCAGACUUUGCGCGGACAACUGGGCCAGACAGAACGCCUAGGGACUAGGUUGGGGCCCAAGGGCUUUUCUCUUGGACUUUUGGAGGGUCCCAUCCCAGAUUCCACGAGAAAAGCCCUGAAGACGGCUCACACGACACCCGGGACAUUAGGGCAGUUUUGGCCUCGUGGGUAUAACUUGAAUUUUUCUUUCGUCAGGUUGAAUGUGUCUUCAUGACUGAUGGACUCAUGACAAACCGAACUCAACGUAACCUUAUUUUAAAGGAAAAGGAUAAAUACAAGGAUAUUAAGCUUCAGCCUCUUAAAGGAGGCCGUGGGCAGUUUGGAUUCCGCUUCCUUGACCAAAUCAAAUGGGCAGCGGCGAAAUUUAACUUUCAGUACCUACUUAGAAUCGAUGAUGACUACUUCUUGUGCCCAAAAAGGCUUCUUUCUGAGCUUCCAUCGAGGCCGAAACAAAAUCUAGUUUGGGGAUUUUUCCACUGUGAAGCAGGAAUCACAUGGCUGGAUGAAGCAUUUAUGAUAUUCACUAAAGAUAUCAUUCAGAAGUUCUUGGGGCAGAACGAAAGCUCGAUGUUGUGUCAUCCACAUGCGGACCAACAAGUGAUGUUGUGGCUGAGAAAAAUUCGAAAGAAAACAUACUUCCACGAUACUAGGUUACAUCAUCAGCCUCCAGCGUCACAUGUUCCUCGAUUUAGUAAAAUCAGGAGAGUUUGUGACUCCUAUUUAGGAGUGCAUGGGGCAUACGGUAAGACCAUGUAUCAUCUGGGGCUAAGAGCUAAUGACAACGCUAAAAAUGUUUCACCUAUUCCUGAAUUUGCAAGAUUUUGUAAAAACACAAAGUUUAAUUACCAUGUAUUUAAUAGCAUGUGGCGAUAUGUACCCAAGCCCUGCAAAGAUAAUCCAACGUGGAACUUGGGAGGUGAAAUGUGGUUUGGUAAGGAAGUUGGUCAAGGAAUUUAG